AUGGAAGGUGAUGAAGACUGGGUGGGCAGCUCUCAUUUCCUACCUGAUGGUAACAGUGUCAGUGCCUUCCCAGCAUAUACAGCUGCCCUGGACACAGAUGGGGGGUUGCAUACCUUCCUCCCCCCACAUACACAGAAAGAGCCAGUGACCCAGCCUUCUCUCAACAUCAGCAGCACCACAGUCACAGCACAUAAGGACUCUGUGGUCCUGACCUGCUCCACAAAGAGCACAGGGGUCUCCAUCCGGUGGUUCUUCAAUGGCCAGAGUCUAAAUCUCACAGAGAGGAUGAAGCUGGCUCAGGACAGCAGCACCCUCACCAUAGACCCUGUCAGGAGGGAAGAUGCCGGGACUUACCAGUGUGAAGUCUCCAACCCAGUCAGUACCAGCAAAAGUGACCCCGUCAGGCUGACUGUGCGCUAUAAAGGAAGCACCCCGGGCCUCCCUGUGGGGACCAGUGUUGGCAUUGCAAUUGGGGUGCUGGUCGGGGUGGUGGCACUGGUGGCCGCCCUGUGCUGUGACCUUUCCCUGCACACCUCACUAAUAAGCCUGAUCUUUCCAAGGACUGGUGGCCGAUGUUAUCGCAGAGAGACCCAGUACCCAGCCUCCACCCCUGGCCAUGGUCCAGCCAGCAGCUCUGCAUUCCCGACUUCGCUCCCCAGCACGAGUCCAGCCGUUCCCAUCUACCAGGAAUUACAACACCCUGACAGGAACAUUUACUGCCAGGUCAACCACAACGGACAAGUAACUUCUUAGUUUUCCUGGGACCUACACCUUUCAGGGGCCCUCCUGACACACCAGACCCUAGGUGGGGUCAGGUGCCCCAGCCUGAGCCAGAGAACGUGCCUUAAGUCCAGAGGAUAUUCAGGAACAUGGACCCUGAGUAUGGGCCUCCCUGAUUUCUGGAUACCGUGACAGUGCACCAUGAACCCGGGAAGGGCAAGGACAAAGGCCCUAAUGUCCCAGAAGUGGCGGUUCUAACGGACAAUGACCCAGUCCCUGACCCACUAGAGACAACAUGAGAGGAUCUGAAUAAAGAGGACUCUUCCCUCUC